GGAUGGAAUCCUGCGCGCACAGUGGCAUUCCUGACAGCGCGAGGGGUCUCGAGACGCUGUUUACGAUUAUUCCACAAAAAAAAAAAAAAAAAAAUAGGGUCCGUGUUGCAGGCGCUUCUCGCGGUUGCUCGCGCACGCGUUCCGAGCGACUCAAGUCUUCACGUGCCUGUUGUAGAGGCAGUUGUCUCCUGCUUCCUUCAAAGUUACGGGCUCUGAAACAUCCGGAGUUCGGUCGUCGCUGAUACUGGAAGUAGUCACCCUGACUACCCUGGAGUAAGUUACGCAGCGAACAUGUACAAAUAUGCACAGUAUGGACUUUAGGAGGACGAAGUUCGGCAGAAGAAAUGGCCUUCAUGAAGCUGGAGAAUAUGAAAGGAUAAUGGAUGAGGUUUGACCAAAACCUCAUAUGCAGGACCAUAAGCAACUUUAUAGUGACUGAAAUAUUGGAUUACUUGCAGGUUUAUGAACAACCGAGUCCCAUCUAGCAAGAGAUACCAGCCAACUGAGUAUGAGCAUGCAGCCAACUGUGCCACGCAUGGAUUCUGGAUCAUUCCCAGUAUCAUGGCCAGCUCAGUGUUGUACUUCCUCUCUGAUGACCAGUGGGAGACCAUCUCUGCAUGGAUGUAUGGCACAGGUCUGUCUGGGCUCUUCAUCAUGUCCACUAUGUUCCAUACAGUAUCCUGGAAGAAAAGCCAUCUCAGGAAGGUGGAGCAGCGAUUCCACAUGUGCGACAGGAUGGUGAUAUAUUUCUUUAUAGCUGCAUCUUAUGCACCCUGGCUGAACCUGAGAGAACUAGGACCCUGGGCUGUCCACAUGCGCUGGCUGGUGUGGAUCAUGGCCUGCGCUGGCUCUGCUUAUGUCUUCUUUUUUCAUGAGAAGAACAAGAUACUAGACUUACUGUGCUACACUGCCAUGGGAGCUGUUCCUGCAGUUGUUCUUCUGUCAAUGCCUAACAGAGAGGGCAUAUUAGAGCUGUCAGUGGGCGGAGUCUUCUACUGCCUGGGAAUCGUCUUCUUCAAGAGUGAUGGCCUCAUCCCAUUCGCUCAUGCCAUCUGGCAUGUCUUUGUGGCAGUGGGGGCAGGCAUACACUAUUACGCCAUCUGGAGGUACUUGUAUGCAACGGGGACCAGCCAAAUCAAAAUAUCCAGGUGACAGAUGCUAAAGACCUGAAGUGUUCACACAUACAGGGUUUGUUGAGCUAUAAAAGACAAUGUAUUUGAUCACGAGCUGCCUUUGCAUCCCUCUAUAUUAAUCAUAGAUGGGCAUGUUAUAGUACUGCUGUUCUAAAAUACACUUUUAUAUGCCCUGAUAACUCAGCACUUAGUGGCCAGUCUAUUUUCACAGAUGUAGUCUUUACCUGUUGACAUAAUGUACUGUUUCAACUGUCAAUGUUUACAGACAAAAUGUGUAUAAUACAGAAGACAUUCCAUGUCCUUUAAUAGAGCUAUCUACUGCCUUUAAACACUUGAUAUGAUAGAUAGACGUGAAUUUAUUGGCAUUGAGCAGAAUUUAUGUUGAAGUAUUUCUACUACUGUGAUCUUGUAAUAACAACUAUGAACAAAAAUGUUAGAAAUGACGUUGUAAUUGUUGCACAAUGGGUCCUCUGGGGUCGUGAGACAGCUUAAGGGCAUAACUGGAUUUAUCAUAAUUAAUAGAAGUCAAUUCAGCUCCCACUGAAACUAGCCUUGAUGAAUUAUAUGCAUCUUUUUAGUAAGACCCAAAUAGAUUUACCUAAAGGUGCUACUAAAACAGCACUUUUAACACUAAUAGACAAAUGUAAUUGUUUAUUUCCAGAUAUUUUUUGUGUGUGUGGUCGUUCUUAAUGUCUUCCCGGCUGCGAUCAGUUCAAUGAAUAACUUAUGUCCAGCAGUUCUUGAAACUUUUUACCUCGUCUCGACACACUACACUUUUCAUUCCAUUGACUUCCAUUGACACCCAUUGACACACACGUGAAUGCGGGAGACAGCAGGAAGCGCAAGCUCAAACAAAGACAAGUUCAAGUUUGGAAUUCAUAUAUUAUGAAGAUUUCUGACAAAUAGAAGAUUGAUAGCCAUUUUAGGUGAAUUAAAAGAGCGCAAACUUUAAAUCUGCAGGAUUGCAGCAUUGCAGUAAAGUGGAGCAGACGGCAUAUUUUUACCCUUUUGACGUAUUAUGUUUUACAUACAGCGCAGAAUGUGACAUCAUUGUGCAACCGUUGCAGUGUCCGAAGAAAUUUCACGUGCUCAAAGUCUCUAAUUUGACUGUGGUUUUAGCCAGAAAGCUCAGAUGUGACCAAGUAUGUUUUUAAGCACUUUGACUUUGAAUGUAAAACAAUUUUUACAAAUUUUGUCAUAAUGUCACAUUAAUAUGACAAUAAUCAUUUCUAGAUUGUGUAGACAUUUCGACGGUGUCAGAUUUAAUGUAUAUGAUCAAUUCCUUUGGUUUUAUAGAUUUUUAAUUAAAAGGGCAAAACUGAAUCUAAGCUGUAUUUUAACAGUUGAGACAUUAAUCAUAAUUGCCAGUAAUAGAUCUGACAAUAAACACAGAAUGUUUGAUUAAUAUAAAAAUGUCUAUUGAAUAAAUCAAGGAAUAAAACAUAAACCUCUUGUGUCUUGAUGUUUGUUUUGAUAUAUUUGUGAUUCAUGAUGAAGUGCAGUGCUUGUCUUUUUUGCUUCAGUGUCUCUCACAUUUCCUUUCACUCCCUUCUUGUGUCCUUUAGAAACUCUCUCUCUUGGUAUUCUGCGCAGU